AUGACUAAACCAUGUCGAAUUUGUGAAAAUGGGGGAACACUUAGCAUUUCAUCAAAAUCCUGUCAGUGUGAUCCCUAUCAUAAGGGCAUCUGCUGUAACGAUGUGGUGACGUGUCAAGACCAGCCAUGUAAGCAUGGAAGAUGUACCGACCAAGGGGCCAGUUUCAUGUGUACCUGUGACGAGAGGUACACUGGGGUCACCUGUGAUUCACGCAUUAUGGUGUUAGGUUGUCUUUGUCUGAAGUGUUGUCAAGCCCUUGGCGUCUUUAGGCACAACGAUGUUGAUGACGACAAAGCCAACAGACAGAAACACAAAGGGGAUUUAAUUGUUCUGCAGAAUCGCCCCAAACCAAUUGGAUAUAACAGUCACAUGGAAACAGAGUUUUGA